AGUCUCAGGUGUAACAAUACUAAAUAAUAAAAUAACAUCCUAGAACAAUUUUAAUUAUUAAAUAAUUAACAAUAUAAAUACCACAAACAAUUUAAAAGCCACAAUACCUUCAAAACAAAACACAUGCACAGAAAUGAGUGCAUUAGUAACUGUUGCCAAGGCAAAAGCUUUUGUCUUUCUCACCUCAUUAUCGUUGCUGGAAAUUACUUUAGUAACCAUAAUAUUAUUACUGCCACCGCCUGUGGUCGAAGCCACAAGCGGCUUACGUGUGCCCACCUUUUUACAGGAGCCACCUUCACGUCUACUCUUUAGCAAUGACACUGGAACACAAGUUAGUUGUACGGCACAUGGUAAUCCCCCACCGGUUGUGUCAUGGGUUCUGACCGAUGGUACAAUGGCUACACAAGUGCCAGGACUAAGGAAAAUUUCUGGCAAUGGUACCUUGUAUUUUCCACCUUUUCUGGCUCAAUACUAUCGCUCUGAUGUUCAUGAGACCAUGUAUCGCUGUCGUGUUGCCAAUGAAGCCGGCACCAUACUGAGUCGCAAUGUGCACGUACAAGCAGUGGUGCGCCGACAAUUUCAUGUACACGUGGAAAAUACUGAAGUCUAUUUGGGAAAUUCAGCGUUGAUUAAGUGUGCCAUACCGGACUAUGUGCGUACAUAUGUUAAAGUAGCCAGUUGGCAACGUGGCGAAGAGAUACUAUUGCCGGAUCUGUCGGAUGUUGCUGGUCGUUAUGUUGUGCUAUCCGCAUCUGGCGAUUUGUAUAUACGUUCUAUACGCUCGGAAGAUGCUUUGGUAAAAUAUUCCUGCAUGGUUAGCAACACCUUAAAUGGCGAUAGGCAACGUAGUGAAGCCGUUACAUUACAAAUAAAAGAAUUAAGUAAAAAUUUAGCACCUCACACUACCCAAAAGCCUGUUAUGGACAUUAAUGUGGAACGUGGCAAUGAUGUUCAUCUGCCUUGUAAUAUACAGGGCAAUCCGUUUCCCAUAUUUACAUGGUAUCGUGUAUCGGAUUCAUCAGCUUUAUAUCCAAUACCAUCAUCACAGCGUGUUAUAUUAUCUCGAACAUUGUUGCUGAUCAAAAAUGCUGACGAACGUGAUGCAGGCAAAUGGGUUUGUCAAGCAUCAAAUCAAUUUGGCGAACAACGUAUUGAAAUACGUUUGUUUGUGAAUUCGUACGUAUCUGUUCAUAUAUUGCCACAAGUUCAAAUUGUCAAUUCGGGCGGAACGGCAAUAUUCAAUUGUUCGACAACGGGUUCAGCAAUCGAUAAUAUUGAAUGGCUGCACAAUGGAAAACCAUUGCAGGAGGAUAAUGUUCUAACAACUGGCAGAGAUAAUUUACGCUUUCUGGCUAAAACCUCUUUGGUCAUACAAAAUGUGGGCCGUCGAGAUCGUGGCGUGUACCAGUGUUUGGUGGAAAAUCAAAAAUCUAGUGCUCAAGCGAUGGCGGAAUUAAAAUUGGGUGACACGGUGCCAGAAUUGAUUUAUACGUUUAUUGAACAGAAUGUACGCCCUGGACCAUUAAUAUCGCUUAAAUGUUCUGCCAGUGGAUCACCGCCACCGCAAUUUUCCUGGUUAUUGGAUUCACAGCCAAUUAUGGAUGUUUCUUUGCAUCAUCGCUUUGCAAUUGGGCAAUUUGUCGAUAUGUCCGGUGAUGUGAUAAGUCAUUUGAAUAUCUCCCAUGUGAGACCGGAUGAUGGUGGACUUUAUAAAUGUAUUGCCACCAAUACAAUGGGUAGCGUUGAACAUUCUGCCCGCUUAAAUGUUUAUGGACCUCCAUAUGUGCGAGCCAUUGGACCAAUAAAAGCUGUCGCCGGCGAAGAUAUAAAAGUACACUGUCCAUUUUCCGGUUAUCCCAUUGAACAAAUUAGAUGGGAGAAAGGACAUCAUGAACUGACAACAAAUACCCAUUAUACUUUAGCUCCUGUCCAACAGGGAGGUUAUCUUGUCAUCAAGAAUGUUGAACCUAAUCGUGAUCAGGGCAUGUACACCUGCAUUGUUAAAAGUCGCACCGGCGAGGAGGCUCGUCGUGACAUGCAAUUGAAUGUCAAUAGUCCUCCAGUUAUAGAACCAUUUAAAUUUCCCAAAAAUCUGCAAGAAGGUGGAAGAGCUCAAAUUACAUGUGCAGUAUCUUCGGGUGAUAUGCCAAUAUAUUUCAGUUGGAAGAAAGAUGACAUGUCCUUACCAUCAAGUUUGCAGAUAACCGAAAAGAAGGAAGAAUUCUAUUCAUUGCUGGUGUUCAAGGAUAUCAGUGCUAAACACAGUGGAAAAUAUACAUGUUAUGCCAGUAAUGCAGCUGCUAAAGUUAAUUACACUGCUGAAUUACAAGUUCGAGUUGCACCACGUUGGUAUCUUGAACCCAUGGAUACAGCCAUAAUGCUGGGCAAUACAAUAUCAAUAAAUUGCGAAGCGGAAGGAUAUCCAAUACCCACGAUUACCUGGUUCAAAGGACAAGGUAAACUAAAUAAGGAUUUCAAACCUUUAAAUAUGCGUAACCAUUCGUUGGUACUUAACCUUGCCACCGACAUUGAUGAGGGUUACUACAUGUGUCAAGCCACAAAUGAUAUUGGACCAGGUCUUAAGAAAAUAAUACGCAUCAAUGUCAAUGAACCCGCACGUUUUGAGCAAACAUCACGAAAUAUCUCGUCGCGACGAAAUGAUGCUGUCACACUCGACUGUCACGCCAAAGGUGAUGAACCCAUUAGUAUCGCUUGGACACACAACAAUGCACGCAUUGAUUUGAAUAAUUUCCGUUUUAGUAUUGCGGAAAUGAAAACCGAAAAGGGCGUCGACUCUCAGAUGACCAUCUCACGUUCGGAUCGUCAUGAUUCGGGUAUUUACAAGUGUAUUGCCGAGAAUCCCUAUGGGCGAGCAGAGCAUAUCAUUUAUCUGGCAGUACAGGAGCGUCCUGAUACUCCCUCAAAUCUAGAGAUUUUUGAAGUGGGUUCUCGCACCGUUAAGCUUUCUUGGCGUCGUCCAUUCGACGGCAAUUCACCGGUGUUAUCGUAUUUGGUACAAUAUCAACCACUGAAGUAUUUGCAAUCACAUACUGCACUCGGUAUGGCUGGCAGCGAUUGGAAUGGUCAGAAUAUUAUCAAUGUAACACUACCAUCGACAAGUAUCAGUAAAAGUUAUGACAGUGACUUACGUGAAAGUGCCAUCGUUGCGGGUUUGACACCGGCCACAACAUUCUUGGUUCGCAUGCAGGCCAUUAAUGAAAUCGAACGCAGUCCAUACACCGAACCAAUUGUGCUGAGGACACAAGAAGAAGCACCCACCGAAGCACCCUCCAAUGUUCAAGUACAAACCGGAGGUGAAAGUGAAUUGAUUGUCACUUGGCAGAUACCACCCCGCGAAUCAUGGAAUGGUGAACUUAUUGGCUACACCGUCAACUGCAGCGAGGAGAAGCAGAAUAUCAACUACAUUAGUGUUGUCAAUAAUUCACUCAAGUCGGUGAUUGUAAGUGGCUGGGCCACGACUAAGGCCACAAUACGUGGAUUGCGCAAAUACACCAGAUAUGCGGUGACGGUGCGCGCCUUAAAUAGUUUUGGCUCCGGACCCUGGAGCACACCCAUCUUUGGUACCACAGCUGAGGGUGUGCCGGAAGCAGCACCGCAACAUGUCAACUGUACUGCAUUAUCGUCACAGAGUCUAAAAAUAUCAUGGUUGGAGCCACCACUGCAAUUUCAUGGUGGCAUAAUUCAGGGCUAUAAAAUUUUAUAUCGACCGAUUGUGAAUCAAAUUGAGUUUCCUGCUAAAUUGGAAAUAAAACGUACAUCGAAUCUGGAAACAUAUUUACACACGCUGCACAAAGCUACCAAUUACUCGAUACGAGUACUGGCGUACACGGCCACGGGUGAUGGUAUCGCCAGUCAACCGUUAUAUUGCCAAACGGAGGAUGAUGUACCCGAUGCACCAGCCUCCAUAAAAGCAGCUGCCUUAACAGCAGAUUCUAUUUUGAUAUCGUGGCUGCCACCAAGAAAUCGCAAUGGCAUAAUAACCCACUACACCGUCUACUCGCGAGAAGCCGGACGUAAAGGACAAGCAAAAUCUCAUAUGGUUCGUGUCGAUGAAUCUGGUUAUCCGGUUACAUAUGAGGCACGUGGUUUGGCUGAAAAUCAAAUGUAUGAAUUUUGGGUUUCUGCUUCAACAUCUGUGGGCGAAGGCGAGCCAACAUCUGUGGUGGCACAAGCCACAAAUACACGUGCACCAGCAAGAAUUGCUUCCUUUGGUCAGCUGGUACGUAAAGCAGUGGGUACUGCCUUAAUAUUGGAAUGUUUAGCUGUUGGCAAUCCAACGCCCAGAGCAAGAUGGCUGACUAGAGAUAGACCAGUAACAUUUAGUCCUUUUUACGAAGUGACGAAUGAAGGAAAUUUGAAAAUACAUCGAGUUGAAGGUAGUUUAUCCGGAAAUUACACAUGUACAGCGAACAAUCUUUUUGGCAGUGAUGAGAUACAAUAUCAAGUGAUUGCCAUGAAACCACCCGCCUCACCACAAAUCAUUGUACAGUAUGCUUCGGCCGAUAGCAUACGCGUCAGUUGGGAUCCACCCGAUGAUGGGGGUGCACCAUUGCAAGGUUAUUCCAUAUCGUAUCGUGUGGCUGGAGAGACCUGGUCGCAAACGGAACUGAUGCCAGAAAAUAAUGCCUACACAAUAACGGGUUUGAAAUGUGGCAAUCAGUAUAUAAUUAAAAUGUCUGCCCACAAUAUUGUGGGGGAUGGGGUAUCGAGUGAGGAAAUUAAUGUCUGGACAAAGGGAAAAGCCUCGCAGGCUCCCAACAGCAAUGAACUAAUUGCAACAAAUGCAUCAUGCGUUAAUUUGAAAUUGUCAGCCUGGAAUAAUGGCGGUUGUCCAAUUCAUCAUUUUUCUAUUGAACAUCGUCCUCUGGGUGAUAUCCGCUGGACGGUUGUAACAUCUGACAUUUCCAAUGCUGAGGAGAAUCGUGAAAAUUUAAUAUUUUGUGAUUUUCUACCCGCGAAAUGGUAUCAGUUGCGCAUUUCAGCCACAAAUGAUGCUGGCAAAACAACCGAACACUAUCAUUUUGCAACAACGAACAUCGACGGCGUAACAAUACCACCACCUUCUGUUUUUCCCUCCGAAAAUGAUUUGAUGAACAAUCUGAUAAAUGCAACAAAUCCAACAAAUGGUGAUUGGUUAUCGACAUUAAUUGUUAUCGUUAUAAUAACGGUGGCGAUAAUAACGAUAGCCUUAACAAUUAAACAUCGUCGCACACUGUGUGGCCCCAUGACUGAGGGUUAUGAAUCCCGAACAUUACCAGGCGACUACAAAGAAGACCAUGACAAUCGCCGUAAUCAGCAAGUGUAUAGUGCUUCACCCGUAAAAACCGUGGACAAAGGAAACGAAUCAGAAAUGUAUGAGAUUUCGCCGUAUGCCACAUUUAGUGUUAAUGGUGGCCGUACCGGAGCACCCGCCAAAACACCAACACGCGGUGUAGCUGCCUCACCCAUGGACUAUACAAUGCAAUUUAAAACAUUCGGCCAUCCAGAAGGAGAAAAUCUCAAUGCCACUGCAUAUCCAUUACUGCCAUCUUCGGGAUUUGGUCAUGUCAAAUCGAAAUCAUCGUGGCAUAAGCAACGCUAUUACAAUACAGAUGAUGAAUCGACUCUAAGUAAAUCAAUGACUAUGGCCAUUGGCUCUCAGUCGGGUCAUACGAAAAAAUCAUCACGUAACGAUAAUGGCCGCAGUGGCAAUAAAAGCAAUAGCAGCAGUAGUGGUGGUGGCUGUGGGGGUGGCAGCAGUGGUGUAGGUAGUGGGGGCAACAAUGGUGUUGGCCAUUGUGAGUCGGAAUCGGAUACGAGUAUUAGUCCCAGUACUGAAUUCUCAAAUAUGCCUACUUAUAGAGUUCCUUGUAAGUCACGCAACAGUGAUGGUCGUAGUGGCGUAGAUAUGUUUCGUCCGGACUCCUCGACGGAAUCGAACAAUGAUCAAUCCUCUCCCGUGGACCGGCGCAUGAAUGGCCAAAGAUAUGCCAAGGAUAAUGUGAGUUCUACUUCUUCGGCUGAUAAGCGUGCCAAUCGCAAUCGUAAACAUCAACAGCAGCAGCAAAUAAAUGCCAAGGAUUCUUUGGAUCGGCGUUUGUGUCCUGGUAGUAACAACAGCUUAGACAGUGAGGUUAACAAUUCGGAAACUUCAGCCUCAAUAGCAGCCACAAUCGCCGCUAUGACCGGUGCAAAUAAUAUGGGUUUUCGACCACCUUCGGGAUUUAUCGAUUCUCGAGAGUUCAGUGAAGCUGAGUGUGAUCAUGAGCAACGAGCAUUAGACUUGGAAGUGCAACGAGUUAUGGAAAACAAAGAUGGUCAGUUAAGUAAGGUGGAUAGAGAGGAACUAACCUCACUGUUGGCAAGAUAUCAUGAGAAAAAGGAGCAGGAGCGUCAAGAAUUUACCAUACACGUUUAGGACAGAGCCUAGCGCAAAUUGCAAGAUAUAAAACAAUUUAAAGUUAGUUGAAGGUAAGCGAGUUAAGAGCAGAACAAAUUUACGCAUUUACAAAACGCAAAAAUACUUAAAUAUCAAAAUUUAGUUACAAAAGUU